UCCCCUUUCUGGGAAGUAACCAUGAAAUUCUACUCCAAGUUGUCACAUCUACUCCCUCUUCUAUACUUAAUUUCUUCCAUUGGAUUAUACUGAGAUGCAAGAACCUACAAAAGGGUAGUACUAAUUCAGAAUUUCAUAGCUAUACAGGUGAGGUAACCUCAAGUCAUACACAAUUAAAAGUCUUUAUCUAGAAGAAAAUAGUACAUCCUAUGGCAAGGUCAUACUCAUCCUCAUCCUCCUCCUCUAAAAACUCUCUUCCAAAAAAGCAUGAGGUGUUUAUUAGCUUUAGAAGCGAGGACACCCGUAGAACAUUCACAAGCCAUCUUGAUUCUGCUUUCAAAAGAUUAGAAAUCACCACAUACAUAGACAACAAUCUUGAGAGCGGAGAUGAAAUACCGGCAACCCUCGUUAGCGCCAUCGAAGAAGCCAAGCUCUCGGUGAUUGUUUUCUCUGAAAACUAUGCAGCUUCAGAAUGGUGCUUGGAUGAGCUUGUGAAGAUACUUGAAUGUGGAAAGACCAGAAGGCAAAUUGUUGUGCCUGUUUUCUAUGAUAUAGAUCCUUCCCAUGUCAGGAACCAGAGAGAAAGCUAUGCAGAGGCAUUUGCUAAACAUGAGAGAAAAUUUCAAGGGAAGAUGGAGAAGGUGCAAGAAUGGAGGAAGGCUUUGCUAGAAGCUGCCAACUUAUCAGGCUGGGAUUGUAAUGUCAGCAGGGUGGAAUCUGAACUGGUAGAGAACAUUGCAAAGGAUGUGCUGGAAAAACUGGAUCGAGUUUAUGUUGGCGACCUAGAUCAUCAGAUUACAAAGUUUGAGCAACUAGCACAGCUUCAAGGUGAUUUUUAUGAAAGCAUACCUACCCUGGAAAAUCUUAAUAUUCAUCGAGCAACUAUUCAACGUAUCACAGAACUUAAAAUGGAGAGAAGUGUUCGUUUGCUUCGCUUGACACCUGAUAUGCUCCCAUAUGUGCAUGGAAAUUUCAAGAGUGAUUAUUAGUAAAGAAAAAUCUAGCCAUUUUCAUAGACAAUUUUCUGAAUGAUUUCCAAAUUGUUGGUGGAAUGACCUACCAGAGUGAAGCUUGGCAUUUGGUUUUCCUUGUACUCAGUCAGAUUUCAAUUAAUAAAUUUUAUGCUGCGUUCUUGCCUUAACAAAAAAAAAACCUGAAUGUUUUCGAACGAAAUAGCUUGAUAAAGAUCCCUAAUCAUGAUGGAGACUAGCUAGACAGAAAUGUUCAUCUACAAUGCAAUGAAGUUAGCAUAAUCAUUUCUUGAACAAAAUGUUGGGAAGUUAGCUUUAUAAGGAGCUGACUGUUGGAAUACUAAAGCAUUUCUCAUGUUCCAAAUUUCCCAAACCAAACAAGCAAAAACACUUGGCCACUUCCCCUCUUACCUGAUCCUCACCCUCCCUGAAAGAUUCUUCAAACACCAAUCUUGCAUGCCACCUGAGAAAAACAUUUGUUGCUAAUUCCUAUAGACUAAGGAUCUCCAAAAGGGGCAACAUUACAACAAUCCCUAACAAGAUGCAGAAUUGUUUCUUGGGAAGUACUACAUAGAGGGCACAAGUCUGAACCAGCAAUGUUGCAUAGAACCCUUCUAAAAUUAGCCAUCAAACCACUGUUGAAUGUCUUCCACAGGAAAGUUCAUAACAUUGCAUGCCAUACAGGAAGAAUAGGUUGACAAGAGACUCAGAAUUUAAGGGACAGUGAUUGACACAUGAAUUUAAGAUUAGAGGUUAUUUAUUGAAUAACCAGUAGCAUUCUGAUUUCUGAGAGACUUCUAAGCAUUGUCUGCAAUUAAAAAUGUUUAGGCAUUGAUAUUUAAAAUGUUUACACAUUGUCAACAACUAAAAUUUGGAAAUUAAGAAAUAUAGUGUCAUUGAAACUCCAUGAUAAUAACAGUGAUUAAUUUCUCAUUAAACUUGUACAAUAAGACUAAAAAUAAUUAUAGUUGUCUGAUUGCCCCAAAUGUGAAAGCAUGUCAGGUGACAUGCGAAGCAUGCGGACACUUCUCUCCAUUUUAAGUUCUGUGACACGUUGAACUGUUGCUUGAUGACUUUUCCAAUUUUCAUGGGAAGGUAUGCUUUGAAAAAACUGAUGUUGAAGCUGUGCUAGUUGCUCAUACUUUGCAAUCUGUUGAUCCAAGUCGCCAACAUAUACUCGAUUCAGUUUUUCCAGCACAUCCUUUGCAAUUUUCUCUAUCAGUUCAGAUUCCAUCCUGUAGCCAUGUAAUCACCAUCAUUAGUUAAAAGUAAUGAUUGAUUAAUUCAUGAUAUGUUAUUUAUGUGUUAAAAUCAAUUUGCAUGCCAGAAAUCUUUUAAUUUGUGAACUAAAAUGGACUAAAUGAUUCACAAGAUGCAAUAUACCUGUUGACAGAACAAUCCCAACCUGAGAGAUUAGCUGCUUCUCUCAAAGCCUCCCUCCACUUUUGCGCCCUAUCCACUUGACCAUGCUUAACAAAUGCUUCAGCAUAAGUCCCGGUUUGAUUGCGGACAUGGGAGGGAUCAAUAUCAUAGAAAAUGGGCAGCACAAUUUGCCCCCUCGUCCUCUUACACUCAAGUAUCUUAACAAGUUCAUCCAAACACCACUUUGAGUUUCCAUAGUUUUUGGAGAAAACAACAACCGAGAGCUUGGCCUCCUCGAUCGCCUUGAGAAGCGAGGAUGAAAUCUCAUCCCCUCUCAGAAGAUUGUAGUCAAUGUAUGUUUUGACUUGCAAUCUGGUGAGAGUGGCAUGAAGAUGGCCAGUGAAAGUGUAUCGUGUAUCCUCUCCCCUGAAGCUGAGGAACACAUCAUGCUUUUCUUGAGGAGUGCUUGAGGAUGAUGACCAAGCCAUGUUUGUGAGUUGGGUCUAAUUUGCUAGCUUUUAAGUACUCUAGCUUCCUGUGAAUCUAAUCACUGCUGUGAAGUUCCUUUUAUAACAUUGUUAUUUUGUACCUUCCCCUGAAGCAAAUUGAAGAGCACGUUGGUUAAGAACGAAAAGUCUAUGUAGGUUGUCAAGCCCGUUGGUUUGAUUUCUAUAUUUUAAUUCAAGUUGUACUAGAAAAAAAUGGAAAUUCUUAUUCUUAUCUUCAACCUUCAGAUAGUUGUGCAUUUAACCAAUAUAUUAACUUCUCUUAUGUUU